GAAAUAUGCCCCGUCUGCAAGUCCAGUCGCUACCUCAACGCCUCCCUCCGCUUCCUCGUCAAUCCAGCAUGCUACCACAAAAUGUGCGAGUCCUGCGUGGACCGCAUCUUCUCCCACGGCCCGCAACCCUGUCCGAUACCCAAGUGCAAGCAGACGCUACGAAAACACCGCUUUCGAACCCAGACCUUCGAGGACAUCGCCGUGGAGCGGGAGGUGGAUAUCAGGAAGAAUGUGGCGGCAGUGUUCAAUCGGCGGGAAGAGGAGUUUGAGAGUCUGCGCGACUAUAACGACUACUUGAAUGAAGUGGAGGAUAUCACGUUUAAUCUGAUCAAUGAGAUUGACGUCCAGAAGACGAACGAGCGAUUCGAUGCGUAUAAGAAGGCACAUGAGCAGGAGAUUGCGGAGAAUGCGAGUCUGGCGCAACGGGAGAGCAUGUCUUAUUCGAAGCUGCAAAAAGUGGAGAGAGAGCAGGCGAAACAGCGGAGAGAAGCAGCAAGGCGAGAAGAGGCUGAGGAGCGAAGGGAUGCCAAUGCCAACAGGCAGGAUAUGCUACGGCGACUGGAAGCCGGGCAGGACGCGGAAGAUGUGGCGGCCGCUGGUAGUGGUGCAGGGCUUAAGAAGCGGAUGAACCGUCAAGCUGCCGAGCAGAGGCAACAACAACUCCAGGCGGCUUCGGAGACGAGAAACGGAAACGGAAGUUCGAAUCUGGUGAUCAAGGGACUGAAAGCCAAGGUCAAGGCAGAGCCAGAAGCGCCCAUCGACCCGUUCGGUGGCCUCAGUUUCGAAGGAAGACAGUACUACACUCUCCAGGACAAUUAUGUGUGGGAUGUGCUUCAGGAUGCUCGAAAGGAUCCGCUGAUUGGAGCGGGUGGGUACGACGUCGGUGCGUUCACGAGGAGGGCUCUCGGCGAGGCGUUUGCGGGACUAGGCUGCUUCAUCGCAGACGAGGCGACGGUAAGAGAG